GAGAAGUGGACUCCAGAGCGCUACCCUCGGUUGCUGCUAAUGCAUUUGGCCCCUUUGGGGCCCAAAGUUCAAAAAAGUUUCAAUUACAACAAGCUCCGCACUUUGUUGGUCUCUCGUGUCCGUGUGGGCGUGCAGCUCGACUCCGACCAGUUUGUGGCACCAGGAGCUGACUACAUGUUCAACAUGACUGAGCGGGAAAUCACCAAAGACUAUCCAAUUCCAAUACUUCCAGUGCACUACUUCAGUUUUACGCAGAAGGAUGCUCCAUCAAACAUUUGGUGGCGUCGUUUCUGCCCUGAUCCUCCCAAAUGCGAAUUGCACUCCAUGCGCUGGAGUCAUGCCCAUCCUACCUGGACCUUUUGGGCGCUACCAUGGUUAGGAAAAUGGCUCCGUCGACACUUCCGUGACGAAGUACUGUUGGCCGAAUCUGACAAAGGGUCAUUGCGCAUCGCGGACAUCCCUGAGGAUGAAGACAUGCUCAACGUCGCUGCCUGGGAGGACAAGGCGGAUGUGAUGACAGGUUGUAAUUUUGUGAAGUUCGCAGACUCUCGUAAACAAAUCGAGCGAUAG